AAUUAAAAUUUAAAUUUUAAAGUAAAAAUGAUUCAAAAUUUCAAAUCGUGAAAUGUAACGAAAGCAAACAAAAAGGAAAAACGCACACAAGUCGAAAUGCUAUGUUCCAAUUGAAGUUCAACAACGUUGUUGUCUUCUGGUUUCAGAUCCAUUGUUGUUCAAACAUUGCUUCAAAACACAGGUGUAUGUUCGUGUCACUAUGAGUAGAGCAUUUUCAUCAAAGAAUGCUUCUUAUUUGCCUCCACCACCGACACCAAAGUCAAGUUCGAACAAGAGGCGAAGUCCUCGAAGCCCUUUACAGGAUCUUAACCGUAUUUCCAGCAGCAGCAACGGUAGUGAUGCUUCUUCUUCUGUGUCCACUGAAGUCCCAAAGGGUUGCCUCAGGUUCUUGGCUUCCUCUUCUUUCAAAACCCCUGUCAAUAGACCCAAGAAUAUCUCCAAAACCCCCAAUUCAGCACCGCGUGGACUUGCGCUAAAACAAUCAAAGUCCAAUUCCUCAAAGGAGAACCUUCCAAAUGGUAAUAAUGUCGGGUUACAAACCAAAGCACUUGUACCAAAUAAAGCUAAGAAGAACCCCCCAUGUCUCUACCAGUGGCAGUCUGGUAAGAAAUCUAGUUCCAGAACUGUCCAAAAUUCUAAGCAUAGUUCUGCUUUGAGUGAACGCGGAAACAUUUCACCUGCAUUUCCAUCUUCAUUGAAGGCGUUAAAGCAAAAAGAUGAUAUCCUUGGAAAGAUAAGUGAUAACGCUGUUGAGUCUGGUCAUCUCAAAUCAUCUAACAGAGAUGCAAACUCGACUCCUUCGAGUAAAAAUGUUGCUGGUUCGGAUUUGGAUGUUACGGUUUACAGGGAGGCGGAGGAUAACUUUAACAGAAGCAAUAGUAAAACACCCCCAAUUCAUAACUCUCUUUCCCCUGAGAUACAAAGUGGCUCUUUGAUUACAACAACACCACCUGCUUGUUAUGGUGCAGGCUAUAUAGUUUCUGGUGUCACUGACAAAAGAAAAUGUAGGCCUAGAGGGAUUCUCACUGUAGAAGAGAACUAUUCAGGCUCUGCUAAAAUGGUUGCUGAUUUUAUUGAUGAUGACGAUGAUAACGAUGAUGAGAAGAAAACAAAGGAUGUUGUUGUUAAGGAAGAUAGCCCUUCCUUGUUGCCUUUGCCAACUGAAGCUUUAGUGCAUUGGCUUUCUUCGCCUCGUAGCAAGAGAGAGAAAAUUCUGAAUUGCAAGUCUGAAAUUCGACUCGUAGAAUCCAUAACUCUUGAUUCCAGUACUUCACCAUCAUCAAGUUCAAAGGCUUUCUGGAAUUUAUGUGAUAGUUCUAAAACAUUUUGGAAUGUAAGUGAUAGCAGUGAUUUGUCCGGCACUGCUAAUGGUAUGAGAAGAAAAACGAGUUUUUCAAUUUGUGCAGGUAGUCUUUCUGAAUUUCAAGUGCCUUUUGAUUCCAUUUUGUUUUCUCCUAAAUCAUCACCUAGACUUAGGGAGGAUAGCUCAGAAAAUGUCAUUGACGAGAACUCUCCAUUCUCGCUGAAUUCAAUUGGCAGUGGAAAUGUGAUUCGAACUCCACAGUCAGAUUCCAGUUCAGAUUUACAUGUUGUACUGUCACUGGCACAUGAAGACAAUCAAAAGGAAGAUGAUUUUAACCCUAACUUUAAUUCAUUCAGUGAUGUUCUUCUGUCAGAAACUUUCUUUCUCGAUAGUUCUAUGCCACUGGAGGAUUCGGUUAAUUCAAGUUUCCAAUUUGAUUGUUUGCCUUAUGAAUCAAUUGAUCUCAGCAAACUUCCAAAAAAUUUGGACUACCAGGAACCAUGGUUAUCUAGUUCUACAGUAGAGAUUGGAUCACAAUCUCAAAGGAGCAUAUCAUGGAGAGAAGGGUUAACGAGCCAAGUUAAUGAGAUGGAUGAGUUUGAUUCUUGUAGAUGUUUAUCAGAUGAAGAAGACCUUGCCGAUAAUAGCUGCGAUAGCAAUAGGGUAUCAGGUACUCAAAUUAAUAUCGAAGUAGAUGAUAGCAAAAAACAAAACUGUGAUGUUGGACUCACUGAAACUGAGGACAAGGAUUUGGUAUUAGAUGGCCUUGGCAAAUCAAUGUUUUCUGGUGCCGAGUCUAUAAGCACCGAUGAAGGCGGUUUAGUUGCUUCAAGGCAGGAUUCAUACUAGACUUUAUGCUACUUGACCAAGUUAUAUGAAGUGUGAAUUUAAAUAGGUUAAAGGAAGAUUCUACUUGGAGGAAGCAAGCAAUUUUUCUUCUUGUUUUCAAUAUUGGAAUAAUUUACUGCUUAAGUGGUCAAUAAUGGUUACUCAUUAACCACUCUUUGAAUGUAAUGUUAUUAACUGGUUUAGCAAUUGGUUUUUUCUGAACAAGAAAUCUUUUUACCGACAAUUUCUUGUUUUAAUUUUUCAUUUCUGAUAUUCCCUCCACAGUUUUCCAUCAUUAUUUACAGUGAAAUUUGUUUUCACUCUCAUGGUGGUUAACCUUGAUGGAAGCCAUUUAUAAAAUAUUAUGUAUCAAUUUUUAUGGUUUUCGACCGUCUCUAUUGUAA